CAGCCUGGUCAGCUGUGUCCGGUGGAGGCAGCUGUCGACCUCAGCUGUGGACCUUGCCAGGGACUGGGUCCAAGGGGCAGGAGCCCUGGGCUCCUAGGGGCAGGGGUCUAAUCAUGGACCACCUCUGGCCACCCCUUUGGCCCCGAGUCGGUCCCCUCUGCCUCCUGCUUGCUGGAGUGGCCUGGGCACCCCCACUCAACCUGCCCAAUCCCAAGUUUGAGAGCAAAGCGGCCUUGCUGGCAGCCCGCGGGUCCGAAGAGCUUCUGUGCUUCACGGAGAGGUUGGAGGACUUGGUGUGUUUCUGGGAGGAAGCGGCGAGCUCUAGGAUCGGCUCCCACAACUACAGCUUCUUUUACCAGCUCGAGGGUGAGCCACGGAAGCCGUGUCACCUGCACCAGGCGCCCAUUGCCCGUGGCGCGGUGCGCUUCUGGUGCUCGCUGCCUACGGCCGACACGUCGAGCUUCGUGCCCUUAGAGCUGCUAGUCACAGCGGCUUCCUCAAGCACUCCGCGCUAUCGCCGUAUCAUCCACGUCAACGAAGUGGUGCUCCUGGACGCCCCAGACGGGCUGUUGGCGCGGCAGGCCGAGGAGGGCGGCCACGUGGUGCUACGGUGGCUCCCGCCUCCUGGCGCACCCAUGACGACCCACAUCCGCUAUGAGGUGGACGUCUCGGCCGGCAACGGCGCAGGGGGAUCGCAAAGGGUAGAGAUUUUGGAGGGCCGUACCGAGUGCGUGCUGAGCAACCUGCGGGGAGCCACGCGCUACACCUUCGCGGUUCGUGCGCGUAUGGCCGAGCCGAGCUUCAGUGGUUUUUGGAGCGCCUGGUCUGAGCCUGCGUCGCUGCUGACCGCUAGUGACCUGGACCCCCUCAUCCUGACGCUCUCCCUCAUCCUGGUACUCAUCCUGCUGCUGCUGGCCGUGCUUGCCCUGCUGUCCCACCGUCGGGCCCUGAAGCAGAAGAUCUGGCCUGGCAUUCCAAGCCCGGAGAGUGAGUUUGAGGGCCUCUUCACCACACACAAGGGAAACUUCCAGCUGUGGCUGUCCCAGCAUGAUGGCUGUCUAUGGUGGAGCCCCUGCACCCCCUUCACAGAGGACCCACCAGCCUGCCUGGAAGUUCUCUCAGAGCGCUGCUGGGGUGCUGCCCAGGCAGUGGAGCCAGGAGCAGAUGAUGAGGGGCCCCUGCUGGAGCCAGUGGGCAGUGAGCAUGCCCAGGACUCCUAUCUGGUGCUGGACAAGUGGUUGCUGCCCCAGAGCCCAUGCAGUGGGGACCUCCCAGGGCCUGAGGACAGUGUGGACACGGUGGCUGUGGAUGAAGGCUCAGAAGUGUCCUCAUGUUCAUCUGCCUUGGUCUUGAAGCCCAGGCCAGAGGGGGCCUCAGCUGCCAGCUUUGAGUACACCAUCCUGGACCCCAGCUCCCAGCUCUUGUGUCCACGAGCACUGCCUCCUGAGCUGCCCCCCACCCCGCCUCACCUGAAGUACCUGUACCUCGUGGUUUCUGAUUCAGGCAUCUCAACUGAUUACAGCUCAGGGGACUCCCAGAGAGCCCGAGGGGGCUCAUCUGAUAGCCCCUACUCCAACCUGUAUGAGAACAGCCUUGUCCCAGCCCCUGAGCCUCUGCCCCCCAGCUAUGUGGCCUGCUCUUAGGACUACAGCCUACAGACGCUUGGGGAUCCAACAUGACCCCAGUGCCCAUUCGGGUCCAAGACUUACUGAAUGGGAAUGGUGAGGCUGCCCUCAAGGUUAGGGGUGCUGCUAACUUUGACUGUCUGCCCAACCCAUGCUGCUCAGAAAGUCCUAACUUUGCAGUAUUUUAUAAUAUGUAUGGGUUUUUUUUGUAUAUGGAUAAAAAAUAUAUGUAAAUUUUUCUACUAUGACUUCUGCAAACUCUCUGUAAACCCCACAUUUUCCUGGGCCCUGGCCAUAGGGACAGCAGUUAAAGUUCUUGAUCUUAGUCUGAAAUUUUGGACCUAGCAAUUUGAAGACUAAUCAUAAUAAAAUAAAUUAAAAAGUCAUAUGAGUUAUACUAGCUGCUAUAACAAGCAGCUCCUAAAUCUUAGUGGCUUAACCCAUUACAUACUUUCUCUCUCGUAGCUGGUGGGAAGCCAUUUUAGGAUGAGUCAGAGGCUCAGACUCUUUUGGUCUGUAGCCUCAUCUUCUCUUAGGAUGACCUUGGGUACUUUAGAUGGAUCCUCUACAUUCUGCCAGCCAAUAAGCAAAGGGAUACAGCAGAACAGCAGAAGAUUCCAUGGUCCAUUUUAGGGAUCUCAUCUGAAAAUAGUCUCUUUUCUCACAUUUUACGAGCCAGAAAGUCAUGUGACCCAACUGGAACCAUGGGAUGCUGGGAAACGUAAUUUGAUUGUAUACCUGAGGAAAACUUUUUAGUAACCCUCUAAUUAGUCUCUACCACUAAUAAUGACAAUAAAACAAUAAC